AUGUCGUAACUUCUAAUGGUGUGGUUAAAUGAUGAAGUGCAGUUGAGUAAGAAGGUGACAUCAUUUGAGAAAGAUUUUAAUAAUGGAUAUCUCUUUGGUGAAUUAUUGAGUAAGUUCAAUUAACAACUGAAUUUUGAAGAAUUCUCUAAUAAGUGAUUAUUGUUUUCUAUAUUUAGAGAUAUAAGAGAAGCCAAGAUGAAGAAUUUUACUUUGUUGGAACCAACAUUUAAAACUUUGCAUAUUCCAUUCAAUUUUCAAAUUGCUGAUCAAGUAAUUAAAGGUAAAAAAGGAGUUGCUAUGUAAUUACUUUAUCAAUUACAGAUGGUAUUUAGUGUAUUCAUAAUCAUAGUAAUUGUAAAAAGUAAAUGAUCCUCAUGAUGUUAUGAUGCAUGCAAAAACUGGUAAAUAUAAUGUAAUAUAACCAUUGAUGGUUAUCAGAUAACCAAAAGAAUAAUUUGAUAAAAUGGAAUAAGAGUUUUUUGUAUCUAAACUUAAUGAGAAAAAUAAAGCAUAGAAGGAUGUUAAUUUAGAUAAACAUUUAGGAAAAUUUACAUCUUUUGCAAUUUAAUAAGCAGAAAAAGAACGUAGAUUGAAAAUAAAAGAAGAAACAGAGGAAAGAAAUCUAAAAGAAGAAAUGCGUAAAAUUUAGUUGAAUAAGUUAUAAAGAAAUAUGGCAUUUAUGGAGGAUUGGAAUUAAAAAGGAAUUGAAAAUUGGAAGAAAAAUUAAUAAAUUAGACAUAAAAAUAAAGUAGCUGAUGAAAAAUUCAAAUCUACAAUAUAAAAGGUUACUGAAGAAAGAUUGGUUUAAACAUAAUAAAUGAUGAGAAGUGAAAUGGAAGAUUAAAUUGAAUAAUUUGAUAAUAGAACUACACAAGAACCAGUUUCUUUAGGUUUAAGAAAUAAAAUGAUGAGUGAAUUUUUGAGAAAGGAGAGAGAUAAAAGAAGAAGAAAGAUGAUUGUAGAUUAAGAAAAAUAAACAGAUGAAUUAUAAAGAAGAGAAUAUACUGUUUUAGAAAAACUUAAAUAAUAAAGUAAAUAAGAAAAAGAAAUUAUGUAUGAAAUAUGGAGAGCAUAUUAAUGCAAAGAGGUUAUAUUUGAAAAUAGAUAAUUAAGAGAUGAAAAUUAUAGAAAUAAAUAAGAACUUAAUGUUAUUAAUUAAAAAUUCAAAGAAGAAGAAAUGUUAAGAGCAUUAUAAUAAGAAUUUAAUGAAGAAAUUGAAUUACAAUAAAAAAGAUAAUUAGAAAUUAAUGUUGAAUAUAAAUUAAAAAUUAGAUAAACUAAUUAUGAAAAAUGUAAAUAAUUAGUUGAAAUCCUUUUUGAAAUUGAAGAAUAACUCUAUGAACAUUUAUAAAAUAAUGAUUCUAAUGAAUUUAAUAAAUAAUUUACAAGGGAAAAUCAUCAUCUAUUUAAAUAAGGUAUGGAACUAAUUCCAUAUAAAAGAUUUAGAACUUAUGAUCCUAUAAAAGAGAUGAAAAAAUAAGAAAGUCUUAAUUAUAAACAAAAGAUGUUCCUUGCUAAAAUGGAAAUGUAAGAUUAUUUAGAUGGAAAAGGUGCUUGGGAUAUUUAUUAAGCUUAAAAUAAUUAUACUUUAGGAAAUCUAGUUAGAUAUCUCAUAGAAAGUUAAUUCUAAAAUAAUACACUUCAAAUAUAAGAAUAAACUGAUAUUCCUUAUGUACCUUUUAGAGGAAGUUUAAUUGGAUUCUCAUUUAGUGGCAAAAAAACAAUAAGUGAAUUAUUAGCUAAGAAAUAUGGAAUCCAAUUAUUAUCAAUUGAUGUUAUUAUCAAUGAAUUAUUAGAAUAUAUUAAAAAAUAUGAAUAAGGUGAAGAACAUUCAUAAAUUUGGGAUUAAUAACAAAUUGAAUUAGGAUAAUAAAUAUCAGAUUAUCUUUGUUAAGGAUUAGAAAUACCUGAAGAACUUUAUAUCAAAGCAAUUGUAUAAAAAAUUAAAAGAUUAUUUGAUAAAUAAGAUUUUGAAUAAAUUUAUGAAGAAUAUAAAGCAAAAUAUUAAUCAUUUAAUCCUAGAUAAAACAGAACUAUAGACGAAUUUAAUGAUGAUGGAAUAAAUUGGGAAGAUUUUCAUAGAAAUAAUAUGAUUAAUAAUAAACCAUAUUGUAAAGGAUGGUUAUUAGUUGGAUUUCCACAUAAUUAUGAUUAAGCAAAAUUAUUGGAAAAAUAUUUAACUGGUAUUGAACCUUAAGAUGAACUUACUCCAUUAUAAGCUAGAUUAUAAGAAGCUGCAAGAGUAGUAAAACCAAUUGAUUAUUAAAUUAUACCAAGAAAGAAAUAAGAAAGUGGAGUAGGAGUAUGUGUAUAUUUAGAAAUGCCAUCAAAUGAAUAAUGUUUGAGAAGAGCCAUUGGAAGAAGAUAUGAUAAUCAUAAUCAUUCAUUAUAUCAUUUAGAUUCAAAUACUCCUCCUGUUGAUAAUGCUCCAUUAAUUGAAAGAAUUAAACCAUUAUAUGAAGUAGACAAUUUAUAAUAACUUAUAUCAGAUAAAAAUGCAUAUUUUAUGACAUAGAUAUAAGGAAUUUAAAAUUGGUAUAGUAAUUUUGAAUCUGCUGAUAAUUCAAAUAAUUAAAGUGCAUUUAUAAGUGUAGAUGCCUAGAAUAAUUAUGAAAGAGUGUUUUAUGAUGUUGAUAAAAUAUUUUAAAACUUUCUUUAAAUACAAAUUAAUAAAAUACAAUAGAAAUAUGAUAAAUAAUAAAAUGAUAUAUUGGAAUAAGAGGAAUUAAUAAAAUAAUAAUAAGAAUAAGCUGAAUUAGAUAAAAAAUGUUAAUUUAAAUAGGUUUAAUUAGAUACUAUACCAUAAAAAUAACCAAGUUAAUAAUUUCUACAAUAUUUACAUUCGUUUUGGAAUCAAAUAGAAAGUAAAUAUAUUUCUCUCCAAAAUAUUUUCAAAGGAUUUAGAGAAUAAAGAGAAUUUAUAACAAAUUAUUUAAUGGAUAUUUAAAGAAAGUUUAUAGAUUUAAUUAAUACUCCAGAUGAGAAAUUUUAUCAUGUUAGAAAUUUCUAAGAAUAAUACAAUUAAUUUGUUUAAGAGAAUCCAGAUUUGUGUGAAGAGGAUGUUUGUAAAGAGGAAUUGCACUAAAGAGUAGAUGAUUUAUAUGACUAAUUAAUUGAUAUAAUUGAUUAAAAGAAAGAUGAUUUACAAGUAGAAAAAUAAUAAAUAUAAAACUCAUAAUUCAUUGAAAAUGAAAUUGAACUCUUUUUAUUAUAAGUGAGACAAUUAUUAGCAAUUGAAUUAGAUAGAGCAUAAAAUUCAAUUUAAUUACUCAAUGAUUACUAUGGAACCUUAGAAGCAAUAGAAUUAUAAGAUAUUUAACCUAGUGUUGGAGAAUUAUAAUUAUAAGAUGGAGAUGAUCCUAAUUUAAGAUUAGAUAAACUCAUUGCUGAUACUUUAAGAAUAUUUGCUGGAGAAGAAGAAAUUAUAGAAGAUAAAACAAAAAAGGGAGGUAAACAACCUGCCAAAAAGGAUGAAAAAAAAGGAAAGAAAGGAAAAGAAGAAGAAAUUGUUAAAAAGGAACUUCAAAAUCCAGAUGCUAUCAAUACUAUUAAUCUAGAAAAAUAAAUUUUUAAGGAUAGAGUAGAUGCUAUUAAAAGAUAUGCCUCUUAAUAAAUUAGAACAUAUAGAUAGGCUGGUGAUUAAUUAUAUCUCAAAAUAGAUGAAUGGAUUUAUUAUACCCAUCAAACAGAAAUUAAAGCUUUAGAUGCAAUCUCUGGAUUAUUUAGAGGAUAUAUUGAAAGAGUUGAAAGGAUUUAAAAGGAACUUCAAUUAUAAUUUGUUGAUGUAAUUAUUAGUCAUGAAGUCUUAAACUUUUUAACUCCAAUACCUCCACCAUUGACUGCUAGAGAACCAUUAUCAAAAGAAAGAUAUUCGAUCUCAUAACUCUAUUAUCUGAUAGAAGACCUUAGAGCAAUUACAAGCACUCACUUACUAAUAGAUAUUAAAUAAUUAGCCUUACUUUUAGCUAGAUCUUCUUAUGGAGUCUUAAAAUACUCACCCUCUCAAUGGAUGUAAGCAUUAUAAAUUCUUGAUUAAAAUGGGUAUUUUUUAAAUUAUAUAUUUAGUUAUGUUAAUGUAAGAUAAAUUUGUACAUACUUAAUUCUUCUUUCAUCUCCUACUCCAAAGGAAGAUGAACUAUAAUAAUAUUCCAGCAAAUUGGGUUAAUCUUUAGUAAAUAAGGAUACAUUUGUUAAUACUCCAGCUUGGUUUGAUGAAUACGAGAGGAUUUCAGAAGAAGAAAGUAUAUAUAAUCAUUAUCAAUCAUCUUUUUAGAUACUAAUUACUUUGAUCGUGUAAUUUACAUUAAGGAGUUGCUAUUCUUUGUUCAUAAAGACGAAAAUGAAAUGUUAGCUACUAAAUAAUACAUUGAUAUCCUAAAUGUUGAAGGAGAUAGAUUUGUAGAUUAUUUAUUGCAAAAUAUGUAGCAUUAAUGA